AAUGGCAUGGCUUUUAUAGCCCAGAAUUCGUGUCAUCGAUAAAGUUUUCCGCUUUUAGGGUUAAUUUAGGCAAGCUUUACGUAAUUUGGGCCUUCAGUUAAUUAUAUAAGGAAAUCCAAAACUAAUUUAUAUUCGCUGAAAUCUGCUCACUAAACUAUCUUUCCUUGGUCUAUUGAAUGUUCCAAAAUCCCAGCCUGACUUUUCUUACUUCUGCACUUAAAUACCAUGGUAACAUAAUUGGAAUAGCUUAUGCUAUAUGCUAAUAUUCAAUAAUUAUGCAAUAGGAAACAUUCAGCAAGUUUCGCAUAAGCAUUUUUGUGGUUCCUUAACCCUUUUCGCCCAACUUUGGCCUCCAGACUCUUCCCACCGUGCCUUGCACACCCCUUGUAAUUAGAGGGGCUUCAUUUGCCAAUGAAAUGGGUUAACUAAACUAAAUUAGGCUGCAGCUCGAUAGCGACAUUGACUUUGACGUUUUAAGGAACUAAUGAUGAUGAGGGUCUUAGAUUUGAGUACUAUAUACAUACAUAUAUAUACACCCAGUGAAUCUUGCAGUGAGCACUGCUUUUCAGUUAGCUAAGCCCAAUCAGUCAUGUUACCAUUCUGGACUUCUCUACUCGUCCUUUGUGCAGCCGGAGUCCUGGCACAAAACGACACCGUGGUGGAACCGCGCAUUGUGGGCGGCACCAGGGCGAGGGAGGGUCAGUUUCCCCACCAGAUCUCACUUCGUCGACGUGGAAGCCACACUUGUGGUGGCUCCAUAAUCUCAAAGGACUACGUUGUCACCGCCGCCCAUUGCGUUAAGCAAGGCAACAAUGUAGCUCCAGCUAACCAGCUGGAGAUUCAGGCGGGCAGCCUGCUCCUUUCCAGCGUCGGAGUUCGCGUUCCCGUGGCCACCGUCACCGUGCAUCCCAGUUACCAGGGCAAUGGCCACGAUGUCGCUGUGCUGCGACUGCGCAACUCGCUGACCUUCAACUCCAACAUAGCCGCCAUCAAACUGGCCACCGAAGAUCCGCCCAACGAUGCCAACGUGGACAUCUCCGGCUGGGGCGCCAUCUCCCAGCGCGGACCGCUCUCCAACUCCCUGCUGUACGUCCAGGUGAAGGCUUUGUCCCGGGAAACUUGCCAGAAGUCGUACUUGCGCCAGCUGCCGGAGACAACGAUGUGCCUGCUGCAUCCCAAGGAUAAGGGUGCCUGCUACGGCGAUUCCGGUGGUCCGGCCACCUACCAGGGCAAAUUGGUCGGCGUCGCCAGUUUCGUCAUCGGUGCCUGCGGACGAUCUGCGCCCGAUGGCUACGAAAGGGUCUCCAAACUGAGGAAUUGGAUCGCCGAGAAGGCCAGUGUAUAAAAAAAAAAACGAGGUCCGGAAAUCACGCAAAGAUAUCACGGAAAAUUCCCAUGGAAAAGCGGUUUUCUAUAUAUCUUAGACAUAUUCUUUCACAUUAAUUUGAGCAACGUAGCAGAUUGCUAUGUUGUAUAAUGCACUUAAUAAAUAUAUAAUAUUAUCAGCACAGCAAAGAAAUUUUAAAGUCUAUUAU